AUGCAUUUCAAGUCCUACGCUACGGCAGCCCUAUAUGGGUUGCCCGCCCUUGCCAAUGCUAUGCCCUCAGCCUCACCUUCCCCCGAUGUAUCCUUGACCUCUGAUAGCACUUCAAGUGACAGUGGUCACUUCACCGAGUACACGAUCAAGGCCGAGAACAUCACUGCCAAAUUCAUCCCUUACGGAGCGCGCCUUACACACCUCCUGGUCCCUGACAGCAAUGGCAACACCCAGGAUGUUGUGGCCGGCUAUGACGACCCCAAACAAUACCUGCACGACAGCGAAACCAACCGCACUUUCUUCGGCGCGGUCGUUGGCCGCUACGCAAACCGUAUCAAGAAUGGCACCUUCUCCAUCGAUGGCAACACCUACCACAUCCCUGAGAACGAGCACGGCGGUGUGGACACCCUUCACGGUGGCCCUGUCGGCUACGAUAUGCGCAAUUGGACCGUUACCACCCAUUCUGAGUCUUCUAUUACCUUCACUCUGUUUGAUGAAGCUCUCGAGAAUUUCCCUGGCGACGUGAUCAACCAUGCUGUCUUCAGUCUCUCGACCGAGAAGAGCUCCGAGAACCCCAAGGGUCUACCGCAACUCACCACCAAGCUGGUUUCCCUGGCUCUGACCGAAAAGACCCCAAUCAUGCUGGCCAACCACAUCUACUGGAACCUCAAUGCCUUCAAGAACCCUACUAUUUUGAACGAUACAACGUUGCAGAUGCCCCUUUCAGGGCGGGUCAUUGCUGCAGACACUAUUGAGGUCCCCACUGGGGAAAUUCUCGACGUACAAACUGCCUUUAACGGCUCUUUGGACUUCACUGAGGGUAAGCUGGUCGGUCAAGACCUUUCGGAGAUGAGCGGCGUGUGCGGUGAGGGUUGCACUGGCGUUGAUACUUGCUUCCUCAUUGACCGCCCUCCUGCCUAUGCCGCCCCCGACUCGUUCGUUCCCUCAGUUCACCUGUCCUCCGACAAGACCGGCAUCACUCUCGAUGUUGCCACCAACCAGGCCGCGCUACAGAUCUACACUUGCAACGGCCAGAACGGUACCAUCGCCACCAAGGAGUCCCAGGCUAAGCGCAACAAGGAACAAGAUGGUGACGCCGGUGCUGCGUACGUCAACCAGUACGGCUGCAUCGUCAUCGAAACCGAGGACUGGAUCGAUGGCAUUAACCAGCCCCAGUGGGGUCGUCUGCCUUACCAGAUCUUUGGACCUGAUGAUGGCCCUGCUGUCAACUGGGCUACCUACCAGUUCGGCACUCUUUGA